AUGGGCUAUCGUAUGGCCGGGAACGUACGUACGAAAAUGGACCCCACGUCGACGUUACACGUCCUCGAUAUCGAUAAAUCGGUAUGCGAUAGAUUCAUCAACGAGUUUGGUUCUUUCGGACCCAUUAAGAUUGGAAAGUCCGCAAAAGAUAUUGCACAAAGCUCGUCGACGAUAAUCUCAAUGCUGCCGAUGGACAAGCACGUUAGCUCAGUUUACCUGGACCCGGUGAAUGGCAUCAUCGCGGCAGAACCCAACCCUAAUCGAUUGGCACUCGAAUGCAGUACCAUCAGCGUCUCUACAGCACAAGCUGUAGGAAAAGAGAUCAUGGACGCUGGUGUUGCGCACUACGUCGACACACCCGUUUCUGGAGGGAUAAUGGGCGCUGGGGCUGGCACAUUAUCUUUUUUCUGCGGCUAUGCUGGUCCAGCAGAUAGGGACGACAUGACGAAACGUAUCAAAUCCAUCUUGGAUUAUAUGGGAGCCUCUGAGAGGAUCAACUUCUGUGGAAAGUUGGGCAACGGUCUGGUCAGCAAGAUCGUCAAUAAUUAUAUUGGUCUGAGUAAUCUUGUCAUCGCCAGCGAAGGACUUUCAUUUGGGCUUCGUCAUGGCGUGGAUAUUCACACUUUGCAGCAAUGUAUCAAAGGAUCUUCAGGAGAUUCAUGGAUCUUGAACAAUACGUCGCCUGCUCCUGGAGCCAUACCAAAAUCUCCUGCGAGCAAUGGAUUCCGGCCGGGGUUUACCAAUGCCCUAUGUAUAAAGGAUCUCACCCUUGGUGUCGAGGCUGCGAAGGAAGUGGGCAUACCAACGAAAAUGGGCGAGUUGGCCAUUGCGAGGUACAAGCAGAGCCAGGAUGAUCCACGGACUUCUGGUCUCGACUGCAGUUCCGUCUGGCUUCAUAUCAACGAUCAAGUCGAUGCCUUUGCCAACUCUCAGCCAAACGGACAUUGA